GUUUCGCUAUUGAGAGCACGAGGUUACGUGCGGAUUGUCCGUGUCGAUUAUUCCAGUUAAUAAAUUCUCCUUUUAUCCCUUAUAAUCGAUGCUAAAAUAGCACAGGGAAUAAUUUUUCUAGAAUUAAACUGUUACGAUAUAUACGUUUCGUUCCAGCGCUAUGAUCUGACAAACCAAAUGUGCCCUUGAACAAGUGAAUAAUAACAAGCAACAUUUAGCAUGAGUGCGGCAAAUGUUCAGGGUUCUUUGAAAGAGGCCCUCUACGAAACUCUCAAUGGUAUUCUCGCACCUCACAGAGAAACUCGUCAAGCUGCCGAGCAAAGAAUCCAAGCCUUAGAAGUAACAGACGAUUUUGGUAUACAUCUUACGGAAUUUGUUAUUGAUCCAAAUGGAUCCUUACCCAUUCGACAACUGGCUUCUGUACUUUUGAAACAAUACGUGGAAUCUCAUUGGAGCUCCACUUCUGAUAAAUUCAGACCGCCGGAAAUUAAACAUGCCACCAAGGAAAGAAUUAAAGAAUUAUUACCCUUGGGGCUUCGGGAAUCAAUUAGUAAGGUUCGUGCCUCAGUCGCGUAUGCAAUAUCAGCCAUAGCGCAUUGGGAUUGGCCUGAAAAUUGGCCAGGACUAUUUGACAUAUUAGUGAGUUGUCUCAGUGGUGACAGUGAAUUUGCGGUGCACGGAGCAAUGAGAGUUCUUACAGAAUUCACUCGAGACCUCACGGACAACCAAUUACCCAAUGUUGGCCCCGUUAUCCUUCAGGAAAUGUACAGAAUAUUCCAGAGCGAGACUCAAUAUUCCAUUAGAACUCGUGGCAGAGCGGUAGAAAUAUUUUCAACAAUAGCAGCAUUGGUUGCUACGACGGGACAUUAUCAAAAGGGUUUUGUACAGCAAUAUCUACAACCGGUGAUACCAAUGUUCACUGAGAAAUUUGUACAAUGUUUGCGAGUUCCUAACGGCCCGACGAGUGACAGCGGUCUCAAAACCGAUAUAAUCAAAGCUAUCAACUGCCUUAUUUCUCAUUUACCCAAAUAUGUGGCAAACUUUUUACCACAAAUUUUGCCACCCAUAUGGGACACUAUGACACAAAGCGCUAAGGUUUAUCAGGAUGAAACGGUCAAUGGGAACGAUGACAUUAAUGAAAAGGAAGUUGAUUCUGAUGGCGAAAUAAUAAACUUCAACAAUUUAAUAAUUGCCACAUUCGAGUUCAUACACUCGUUGAUCGAUUCUGUCAUGGACCGCAAAAGAUUCUCGAGCCUCCUCGACAAUCUUCUCAAAGAAACAAUGUAUUAUCUCAUUAUAUUUAUGCAAAUAACCGAGGAACAAAUUGAGCUAUGGACGAGUGAUCCGAGCCAAUUUGUGGAGGAGGAUGAUCAGGGUUUAAACUACAACGUUCGCAUAUCAGCUCAGGAAUUAUUAACUGCCCUCGUUAAUCACUCGGAAGUUGUAUCCAUCAAUGCCCUAUGUGAAGUUGUAACUCGACAUGUAGAGGAGACAAAUCGACAAAGAGCUGCAGCAACGGCAGCUGGUGGAGUGAUUGAUCCAAACUCUUGGAAAAUAUAUGAAUCUUCGAUUUUGGCUCUGUGUACUGUCAAAAAUGAAGUUAUGGAAAUGCUUCAAGCUGGAUCUUUGCAUUUUGAUCUCGUUGGAUUUUUGGAUCGGGUAGUUCUCGCUACUCUCAAUAGUCCAGGGGCCCAUCCCUUCCUACUCGGUCGUUGUCUCUGCGCUGGCGGACGUUACGCGCCAAAAUUAUUGCCCGAGAUGUGUUCCCGUUUCCUGGAGGCAACGGUCAAUGGCCUAUUGGAAAAUCAGCCAGCAUGUAUACGCAUAAGCGCGGUGAAAGCGGUGUACUGUUUCUGCGAAGCUUCGACAGCCGGAAAUCCGGCGAUCGAGAGUAUUCUGCGAAAUCAUUUGCCCGCUAUAUUCCAGGGUCUUUUCAGUCUCACCAAUCAACCGACUAACGCAGUUUUAACGCUCGUCAUGGAAACAUUCGCCGUUUUGGUCACGCUCGACAAAGCAUUUACGGAAAGUAUCGAGAACAAGAUCUGUCCAUUCACGAUAGCAGUGUUUCUGAAGUUCCAUAGCGAUCCGGAGAUUCUUGAAUUGUGUCAGGACAUAUUUAAAGCGCUGACAGAAAAUCCUCAAUGCAUUGGGCCGCUACAGACGCGAAUAAUACCAACGUUGAUCAGCAUGAUGGCGGUAAAUCCCAUGGACAAAACCAAAGAUGAGGGCACUCGAUCCGUGGCUCUCGACGUUUUGCAAGUACUAGUGCAAUAUUCGCCAAGACCUCUAAGCAGUGCACUCGUAGAAAACGCUUUUCCGGCUGCUUGCCACUGCAUUCUCAAUUCUGAGGAAAAUGGAACACUCCAAUGUGGUGGCGAAGUCGUACGCACUUACCUUUCGGUGGCAGCUCGUCAAGUCACUGAACAUCGCGACAACGAAGGAUGCACCGGGCUGCAAUACAUUUUGCAAAUAAUUGCGCAACUAUUGAAUCCUCGUUCGAGCGAGUUCACGGCAACUUUCGUUGGAAAACUGGUGACGACUCUGAUACGAAAAGUAGGAAGUACUCUCGGAGGAGAUCUCGAUCUUCUGCUGAAAGCCGUUCUGAGUAAAAUGCAGCAAGUCGAGACGCUGACAGUGAUGCAGAGCUUAUUGAUGAUUUAUGCGCACCUGAUAAACACCGAGUUCGAUGCGGUUCUCAAUUUUUUGUCGACUGUACCGGGGCCAACGGGCGAGAGCGCGCUCGCAUUUGUACUUACCGAAUGGGUAAGCAGGCAGCAUCUCUUUUUUGGUGGUUAUGACAGGAAAGUAACGACGGUAGCGUUGUCGAAAGUCCUUGAGCACGGUGUGACGAAUGAUGACACGAGAUUGAACGAGAUUACAGUCAAAGGUGAACAGAUAUUCACAGAUAACGAAGGCGGCGUGAGAACGAGGAGCAAAUCUCUCACGCAACCUUAUCAGUGGACUACCAUUCCUGUGCUCGUUAAAAUUUUGAAACUCAUUAUAAAUGAAUUGUCGGCUGACAUGGAAGCGAUCGGUGCGAACGAUGACACCGAGACCUCGGGUAACGAAGAUGACGAGGACGGCGAAGACACGUUACUGGAUCCAGGCGACGGGUCUGAUUUACUUCGUAUCGUUGAUGAGGAUGAAGAAGAGGAGGAUCCAGAUCUGCUUCAAGAUUCGAUUUAUCACCUAAAUUUGAACCAGUAUCUUCGAGAUUUCUUGACAAAUUUCUCGUCGCAUCACUGCUUUCCAGCUUUCGUUCAGCAUCUAACGCUACCGGAGUGCAAAGUUCUCACAAAUUUGAAUAUAAACGCGACGUAUGCGUGAGAAUGAGAAGGACAAGAGAGAGAGAGAGAGAUAGAAAGAAAGAGAGAAAAAAGAGAGGACGACAGAGUAAGACUUGUAAUUUUUCAUAAUAAAGCAAUCUAUUGUUUAUGGUUU